AUGCUGCGUCUCGCGCCAGUUCUGCGUCCGCGAUGGACGUGGAGAUAUGCCCUCGGUGUCACGGCAGCAACAUAUCUGAUCUAUUGCUUCUUGUUUGCGUCCCCUCUAUUUUCGUCGAAGCUGCCUCAUUACACUGGGCCACAUGCCGUUGGGGCGAUAGACAUCGAAGCCCCGGUCGAAGCACGGAGAGCUCACGAGGCGAGAUUCAAGCAUGAUAAUGAGCCGGCAUUUCAGGUUGAAACGGUGCUCUUCACGCUUUACUACCCUGCUACUAAAGGCAUUGUUUCCACCAAGCCACAACAUCUCUGGGUCCCCCGGCCACUGGGGAUUGUAGGUGCAGGGUAUGCUCGCUUUGCACACAUCAGCAAUACUGUGACAGACUCGAUCUUCACGUUCGCACUUUGGGUGUUGGUUGGAAGGACCACGAUUCCAGCACAGGUCGACGUUCCUCUGCACGGAAGUCUUGCGUCCGAGGUCCAGACACCAGGCAACACAGCUCAUGCUCUCUCUACGAGCAGCGAUAGCCUUCCUGUCAUGGUGUUCUCGCAUGGCUUCGCAAGCUCUCGGACACAAUAUACCCGAUACCUUGGGGAACUCGCCAGUCGGGGAUUCGUUGUCGCGGCAUUGGAACACCGCGACGGGAGCGCGCCUGGAAGUAUUGUCAUGAGGCAGAACGCAGAGCACGAACAUCGACUGAUGUUUGCUCUUCGUCAUCUAAGACAUGAUUCCGGACUCGAUGGAGCAUCCUUUAAGCAAGCCCAGCUUGAUUUUCGACAGAUCGAGAUUGAGGAAACGGUGCGAGUGCUGCGACACAUAGACGAAGGUCGGGGCGAUCAAAUCUUCGCUGGAAACUUGCGUGGAGAGGGGCAAGAUUUGAAAGGCUGGCGAGGACGACUUGCUAUCAACAAUGCUACGAUCGGAGGACAUUCAUUUGGCGCAACACUUGCGCUGCAAACUCUGAAGGAUGGGCCUUCCACCGCUCUCCCGUUUGGGGGUGCUGUCGUUCUUGAUCCGUAA